AUGCUCUCAGUGCAGAGCUGCACCAGGAGGAAUAUGGCAGGCUCUCCUCCUGCUUUUCCCGGCUUUGGUAACUCUGGAAAGAGUUUUCUUAUUGACAAUCUGCUGCAGUCACAGACACCUUCAGCCCGCCCAGAAACAAUACAAGGUGGACACCUGCGACGGGCCGCGUGUGAACGACCGAGGAGAAUCUGGGGCUGUGAGCAUGGAGCCUACCAAAGCCAGGGCCACAGUCCCCAGCGUAGGAAAGACUUGGGAGUACCCCUUCUACAACACACAGGUGUACUGAGCAGUGUAUUCCUGCCGAGCCCACAUUAUCUGCUGGCAUGCUGCGAAGGCUCCAGCCCCCCUCCUGUCUUCUCCAAGGGAGCAAAUAUUCAAAUGUGGUCUGCUGAUAUAAGUCCUAAAUCACGCAGAGGGAUCCUUAGGAGAGCUGUGUUCUCUGAAGAACAACGGAAGGAGCUGGAGAGAACUUUUCGGAGACAGAAAUACAUCAGCAAGACAGACCGGAACAAACUGGCAGCUGAUCUCAGUCUCAAGGAGUCCCAGGUAAAGAUCUGGUUUCAGAACCGUCGUAUGAAGUGGAGGAACUGUAAGGAGAAGGAGGUUCAUAACACUCGCUCCCCAAUGGAUGAGCUCAUGGCCCGGGGUCUCGCUCAGGAAGAGGAAGAACCUACACAGAACCAUCACUCUGAAUCAAAAAGUGAGAGAUCACCAUCACAGAAUAGUGCCAGGGACACAUGA